AUGGCUCAAGGUAAUUUAAAAUUGAAAUCUAAGAAGGCAGCUAGAGUGACCAAGAAACAACUCAAUCCUAAGAAAGCUGCUCCAAAGAUCAUUAAAGCCAAAAAAUCCACAGCUAAAGAAGCCCAAAAAUUUGUUAAAAUUCAUCAAUCACAAUUAACCACAUCUACUGAAAAAUUAAUUUCUCUGAGAGUUGGUCAUUUGGAAUUAUUAAAAGGUUCAAGAAGACAAGUUGAAAAGGAGAAUAAAGAAGCUAAUAAAAAUAAGAAAUAA